CGUAAUGGAGGGAUCGGCGUCCAACGAGUUCAUCCAACUGAGACACAUUCCAGGUCUGAACUUCAGCCUCGCUGCGACUCUAUGUAACCCACACACCCACCCCGAAAGUUACUGAUAUGUGAAGUGCCGACUGCAACAUGUACGAGGGCGACUUGUUGGAUGGUUCUAUCGGGCAUGUUGCUUACCCUCCUCUUCACGGCACUUCGUCGAGAUGUGACAUCGUCCUGCACAAAGCCGCUGCCGCUCAACAAAUCUACGGCGCACUUCCAAGGUCAAAGAUAGAGGUUUCACUGGUCUUUUGCUUUUUUAGACGCCGUCAAGCCACUUAUGCGGGUAAGGAGCUCACCCGCAUUGACCCAGGACAGACUGCGUCCUCCGCCACUGUCACUCAUAAUCCCGCAUGCCUUAGGGCUGUAUUCCAUCAUAAUUGGGCCGAUGGUGCAGCUGAAAGAAGCAAUAUUAAGCCAAAGGUGCAUUGCACCAGUGACAUUCCAUGCCUACGCUUCACACUACCCAGCCGCCACCCCUUCACCGCGUCCUCCAUCCUCCACCGACGUGUCAGGUGGAGAGACAUUCUGAGAACUGGGAAAGGAGGGACAAACCGUGAUCGCGGUAAGAGGGCGGCGGCCCCGGGUUGACAUGUCAAACCCAGUGGCGGAACUUCUUACGCUUCUUUCUCUUACACCACUUUUGAUCAGCCGCUAGCUAUCCUCUGGCUCCAUCGCUAUGUGUGAUUACUUCUACGUACGGCUAAAAUCCCCAGGCAUCGGUGGUCCCGACGAUCCGCCUCGCUAACUAUGUCCGCAACAGGUUGAGUUCCAGUGCGGGCAUCAUGCCUGGCUCGUACGCAAAUGGUGUGGUCUGUACGAGAAGAGGCAGAGGCCUUGCAGCCCGAGCGUCGUCGAUCCUCCUGAGUUCUGGUAGGCCUCAGUCCACGAGCCACGACUGCAGCAUCACAAACAUUGGCUAAUGGAGAGUGUCGUCG